AUGAGCCAGCAGGUUCCAGGAGGCAGUCCAGACCUUGAAAACAAUACGUCUGCCCCCCGGAAUCUCCAAGGGGCUGAAGAAGACAGUUGGAUGGGAAGGGAGUUGAGUGAUUCUGAGGACAUACAGGAUCUGGGGCUGCCUGUCUGCCCAUCUUCGCUUCCUAGCAUCUCCCAGGAUUCUCAGGACCAGUUGUCUCCCUGCCAUCUGCUCUCAGUGAGGAUCAUUCGGAUGAAAAAUGUCCGUCAGGCUGAUGUGUUGAGUCUGACUGACUGUUUCGUAAGUCUCUGGCUCCCAACCGCCUCCCAUGAGAAGCCAAGAACAAGAACUAUCUCCAAUUGCCGUAACCCAGAGUGGAAUGAAACCUUCAACUUUCGGAUCCAGUGCCAGAUUAAGAACGUGCUUGAACUAAGUGUCUGCGAUGAGGACUCACUUACCCCAAAUGAUCACCUCUUAACCGUCCUCUAUGAUCUCAGCAAGCUCUGCUUCCGAGAGAGGACCCAUGUGAAAUUUCCACUCAACCCUGAGGGCAUGGAAGAACUCGAAGUGGAAUUCUUGCUGGAGGAGAGCCCCACUCCACCUGAAAGACUCCUCACCAAUGGCGUGCUAGUGUCUAGACAAUUUUCCUGCCUGGAAGUCCAUGUGAAGCAUAAAAAACAGAAGAAGAAUCAAAAAAGAAAACAGCUAACUGUGACAGUGAGUGAAUCCUAUGAAAACAUCCUGCAUAUCUCACCCUGCUACAACUCCAGCAACCAAUGCCCAGAUCUUGCCUUCUUCCACUACUCCAAAUAUUUCCAGCCACAAAUGCAUGUGGAGGUGCCCAGGAACCGAUGGACCUGUGGGCUUUCCUGCUGUUGUGGUGCCCAUAAAAGAAACCAUUCUGUCUGCAUGUCCCUGGAUUGCCUCCCAGAUGGACAAGAGUUGACCAUACCUAUGAGUGAAAACUGUGAUUUACAUGUGACAGCCAAAGACUGCCCUGAUGAACUGAACGUGAGGCUGGGUUACAAUCUGUGCUCAGAGGAGCUGAAGUUCCUGCAGAAACGGAAGGUCAUUGUAGCAGAAGCCCUGAAGCAAGUGUUACAGCUGGAACAGGAUCUGCAAGACGAUGAGGUGCCACUGGUGGCAAUCAUGGCCACAGGGGGUGGCCUGAGAUCGAUGACUGCCAUGUAUGGCCACCUGUUGGGGCUUCAGAAGCUGAACAUCUUGAACUGUGCCACCUACAUCACAGGCCUUUCUGGAGCAACUUGGACCAUGUCCAACUUAUACAAAGAUGCUGACUGGUCCUCCAAAAACCUGGAGGAGGCCAUCCGGGAGGCUCGAAGACAUGCUGUCAAAAACAAGAUCCCUUCACUCUACCCUGACCAACUCUGUUACUACAAGGAGGACCUGAAGCAAAGGAGUCAAGAAGGCUACAGAGUGACCUUCACAGACUUGUGGGGUUUAUUGAUCGAGUCUUUUUUGGGGGAUGAGAGAUACGAAGGGAAGUUGUCAUGGCAAAAAGAAGCUGUGUGCCAGGGCCAGAAUCCCCUCCCGAUCUACCUCACCAUCAAUGUGAAGGAUGAUGUAAGCAACAAGGAUUUCAGAGAAUGGGUGGAGUUCACCCCCUACGAAGUGGGAUUCCAGAAAUAUGGAGCCUUCGUACCCACGGAACAUUUUGGCUCCGAGUUCUACAUGGGACGAUUGAUGAAGAAGAUCCCGGAGUCCCGGCUAUGUUACUUGCUAGGCCUGUGGAGCAGCAUCUUCUCCCUGAACAUGCUUGAUGCCUGGAAUCUGUCCCACAGUUCAGAGGAAUUUUUCCACAGAUGGACAAGAGACAAAACGCGUGAUAUUGAGGAUGAACCUUUAUUGCCUGAAAUCCCCGAGUGUGAUGCAAACAUCCUGGAGACGACAGUGGUGUUACCUGCCACAAAAUUAUCUAAUGCUCUACGGGAGGUCCUCACCUACCGAGCCUUUGUGUCUCAGUUCCACAACUUCAUCCGGGGCCUGCAGCUUCGCACAGACUACCUACAAAAUAGCCAGUUUGCCACCUGGAGAGACACAGUCCUGGAUUGUUUCCCAAACCGUCUGACACAGUCUGACAGUCAUCUCUGCCUGCUGGAUACUGCCUUCUUCGUCAAUUCUAGCUACCCACCCCUCCUGAGAUCCGAGAGGAAAGCUGAUAUCAUCAUACAUCUCAACUACUGCGCAGGUUCCCAGAUAAAGCCCCUAAAACAGACCUGUGAGUACUGCGAUGUGCAGAAUAUACCCUUCCCCAAAUACAACAUAAAAGAAGAAAAUGAGGAGACCCUAAAGGAGUGUUACCUGUUGGAACCUGAUGAGGAUGACCCAGAUGCCCCAAUAGUACUGUUCUUUCCACUCAUCAAUGGCUCCUUCCAAAAGUACAAAGCCCCAGGUGUGGAGCGUAGCCCAGAAGAGAUGGAGGAUGGACAUGUUGAUAUCUACAGCCACGAUACUCCUUAUGCCACCAAAGAGGUAACUUAUACGGAAUCUGCUUUUGACCGAAUGGUAAACCUCUCCGAAUACAACAUCCUGAAUAAUGCAGACAUGAUCCUUCAAGGCUUACGCCUAGCUGUGGAAAGGAAGAAGCAGUCAAAGAAAGCAUGUUCAUCGUAAACAUGGUGACCCUCACAGAUGGCAUUUCUGUCUCUUCCACCAUCGCAUCAGAAUCCAAUGCCAACUGAUUAGUUGGUAGAGCAUGUUCUCUCCCGGAGAGAAGGACACAAUCAACCUGACUUGGACAUGUACCUGCUACAUAUACUAGGGAGAAGGAGAGAUGUGAGGGAAGAGAAGAGGCAGAAAAUAAUAAAUUAGAGGGACAUUGGGCUUUCAUACCCCAGAUGAAACCAUUGGAAUUUUCUUAAUUUAAAAAUUUUUUUUAAACUCUUCCUGAAUAACUCCCUGAAAUGAAGGGAGUACCGUUGCCACAGGUUCAGGCAUGCCAUCAUCUGAGAAGGCUGAGGGCUGUGACAGGGAGCAAACCGCAGAACCAGAGCUUGUUUUA